UUACAAUAUCCUUUUUGAUAACCUGGCACGAAGGAACUUAGUAGGAACAAAUCAAAUAUCGCAUUAAGCAAUGUAAUGUUUACUUCGUUAAUGUCACCACAGUAUAUACUGCACACACAAUUACAAAGGCUGGUUGCAGAUCAGAUGUUGUUUAUGCCGUAGCAUCUCCGGAGCUGCAGGCGGCGCCAUUUCACCACUAACUUGAAUACUCACGUCUGCAACUACACUGCGUAUGUAGAAGAAGAGCCGUGACAUUCAACGUUCACAUGCCUCUGCAAUCUUGCUAACUUAUCAAAAUGAAUAUUAUACUCACAUCUUUUUUGCGUUUGCGCGGAAUAACCAAUCUAAACAGCAUGCCAGCAGUAAAUGGGAAGUCUCACCUCCGAUUGUUUAGCAACUGGCUUAUCCCCAGAGCUGCUGCAGAUCAGCAGAUGUCUGCAAGCGGACCGCUUUCUUCCCAAGCUGAGGGCGCUGGAAUCUUCCGGCAGUUUCCGUGGCAAUGCCAGCAGGUGCGGACAAAGAAAAGAGGAACCGAGUAUCAGCCCAAAAAUCUGAAACGCAAGAGGACCCACGGGUGGAUCAAGAGGCUGAGCACACAAGGUGGAAUUGAAGUGAUCCUGCGGCGAAUGUUGAAGGGACGCAAAUCGCUCUCGCACUGAACGUGUUGGAGAGCAGGACUUCGGAGACUAUCUUGUUCUGUAAUUCUGGAGGUGUUAGCAAGCCCUUAAGAACUUGUGUAUUGUGUGGCUUGGUCAUUCCAUCGGUGAUGGGUGGGGGGCAUUGAAACUGGCCUUCAGAAAACGAGUGGCAGUUGCCUUGAGAAGUACUGUAAGUCGUUUCUUUCACCAAGUAUGAAUGAAUGAUUUAUUAAAUUACUCUCAAUCA